AUGCGCAUCGGCUGUGCUUGGCUAGUGCCUUCCCUACUGUUCUUCCUGGAGCAGGCACUGGCGGCCAAUAUAUUGGCAAUUUUUCCUUACCGGUUUCCCUCGCCUUUCCAGCUUAUCAAUCCCUUGGUGCGGGCCCUCAGCCAGCGGGGCCACAAGGUGACGAUGGUGACGCCAGUGAAUUUCCCGCCCGACAUCGAGGGAGUCCGUCACAUUCGCGUGCCGUUGCUGGAUCUACAAACGACUGAAGUGAUCGAGUCAGAUCAGAUGAAGGAAUAUUUUUCAAGCAAAUGGUCAGAGAGCUUUCUGACUUCUAGGGCUCUGUACAACAUCUCUUAUGCGAUUUUGAGUGACAACGGAGUCCAACAGUUGCUGCGGAACAGAAGCGAACAGUUCGACAUAAUCACCUUGGAAACGGUGCACAUGGAUGCCCUCUUCGGCCUGGCUGGAUUUUACAAUGCACCCAUAAUGGGCAUGUCGACCCUAAGCAUCAAUUGGGCCGUGGACUACCUGGCGGGCAAUCCCUCACCCAGUGUCUAUGAGCCCAUCUCACCUGCAGGAUAUUCCUGGGAGCGCUCCCCUCUAAGCAGGUGGUACAACUGGUUCUAUAUAACCGAGGAACAGCUCAUAGAGCAGCUUAUCUACCGGCCGGGUCAGCUGCAGCUAUUGAAGCAGUUCUUUGGCUAUCCACCCGAAAAGCUCAACGAACUGCGGGCCCGGUUCUCAGUGAUCCUGAUGAACAAUCACUUCAGCAUGGGCCGAGUUAGAGCCAAUGUACCCAACAUCAUCGAGGUGGCCGGACUUCAUCUCAGCGAGCCCCCGGAGCCUUGCGAUGAGCAGCUGCAACGCUUCCUCGACGAUGCCGAGCACGGCGUCAUCUACUUCUCGAUGGGCAAUGAGAUCAUGGUGAGGUUCCUGCCCGAGAGCAUGCAGCACACGCUGCUGCAGACUUUCUCCCAGCUCAAGCAGCGCAUUGUCUGGAAGCGAGAGGUGGAGGCGUCGGACAAUAGGUCGGAUAACAUCUACAUUAUUAAUCAGUCGCCGCAGCGUCAGGUGCUGGCCCAUCCAAAUGUCAAGCUCUUCAUCACCAACGGUGGACUCCUCAGCACCAUAGAAGCGGUUCACAGCGGAGUUCCCAUGCUGGGACUGCCCGUCUUCUUCGACCAGUUCGGCAACAUGAAGCGCAUGCACUUUGUCGGCGUGGCCGAGACCCUCGAUAUCAACACUCUAACGGUGGAGGCAUUGUCUACCACCAUCCGCGCCUUGCUCGAGGAACCACGAUAUGCCCGCAAGGCUAAGGAGCUAUCGCAGUGUUUUAAGGAUCGGCCCAUGAAUCCCCUGGAGACUGCCGUCUGGUGGACGGAGUAUGCCCUACGGCACAAGGAUGUCUCACACAUGCGCAUGAACAUUGAGGAGGUUCCUUUCAUGCGGUACUACAGCCUUGACAACCUGUUAAUGUUGAGCCUCCGCUUUGGCCUCAUAGCUGUCUUUGUGAUCUUCUUAGGUGUUAGGCUGGUCAAGAUAAAUCAAGCCAGGCAGCGACUAGUACAUUUGUGAGAGUAUAUCUAUAGCAGUAUCAGUAUAAUAUCAUUAAUUAGUAAAUAAGA